AUUUGUUGUUACCUUUAUAAAAAAAAGGGUAUACGACACCGUUCAGUUCAAUAGUCCUGGCCUUCUACUAUCACCAUCAUCUUCAUCUAUCAAGUUUCUUCAAACUUCUCCCCAAGCCUUCCGAUCUCAGCCUCACUCCCUUUUCUCUCUUCAUAAUGGAGAUCGAUCCUCUUCCUAAUGGUAACGCUAUCACCGGAAACUCUGUCGGAAACAUGGCUAACACCUCCGUCUCCGCCAUCGGAUUUCCGGAAACUAUGUCGGCAACUCAGGCGUCCAAGGUAAGCCAAUUGUCGGAUUCACUAAAGCUAGAACACCAAUUUCUUCGAGUUCCUUUCGAACACUACAAGAAAAACAUCCGGGCUAAUCAUCGUUCUGUUGAGAAGGAAGUUUCCGCUGUUAUUUCCGCCGUUAAUACUGCUUCUCUUGAUUUAUCACAUGAUGAUGCUGUUUCCCAUUUAUCUUCUCUUGUUUCUCGCCUUCAAGGCCUCAAAAGAAAGCUAGAGGAAGGAAGUCGAGCAGAGAACUUGCAAGUACAACGGUGUAGAAUUCGCUUAGACCAUUUGGAAUCUGUAGAUGCAGAUACUAUAUCUGAAUGGAGCAACAUACGUUUGAAGCGGAUUCUUGUGGACUAUAUGCUUCGCUUGUCAUAUUAUGAGAGUGCUACAAGUUUGGCUGAAACAAGCAAUAUACAGGAUCUUGUUGAUAUUGAUGUAUUUCAAGAAGCUAGGAGGAUCAUCGAAGCUCUUCAAAAUAAGGAUGUAGCUCCUGCACUAGCCUGGUGUGCCGAUAACAAGUCUAGGCUAAAGAAAUCUAAGAGCAAAUUUGAGUUUCAGCUAAGACUCCAAGAGUUCAUAGAAUUGGUUAGAGUUGAUAACAAUAUCCGUGCUAUACAAUAUGCUCGAAGGUAUCUUGCAGCAUGGGGAACCACUCAUAUGAAAGAGUUGCAAAGAGUAAUUGCGACACUUGCUUUUAAGAGCAAUACAGAGUGUGCUACAUACAAGGUUCUUUUUGAACCCAAGCAAUGGGACAACUUGGUAGAUCAAUUCAAGCAGGAAUUCUAUAGAUUGUAUGGCAUGACCCUAGAACCAUUGCUAAAUAUCUAUCUGCAAGCUGGUUUAUCUGCUUUGAAAACUCCCUUUUGCUAUGAAGAUGACUGUCCCAAAGAUGAUCCACUAUCCCAGGAAAGUUUCCGUAAACUGGCAUCGUCGCUACCAUUCUCAAAGCAGCAACACUCAAAACUUGUCUGCUACAUAACAAAAGAAUUGAUGGAUACCGAAAAUCCUCCAAUGGUCUUACCAAAUGGCUAUGUCUACAGCACAAAGGCUCUCGAGGACAUGGCCCUUAAAAAUAAUGGUAAAAUAACUUGUCCAAGAACAGGUGCGGUCUGUAAUUACACUGAUCUUGCUAAGGCAUUUAUCUCAUAGAUUCAUAGUUUCAUACCUUGAACAAUUGUGUAAAAAGACAAUACUUGCAAAUCCUUUGAAGAAAUAUAGCUGAAAUCUUUCCGUUGCUGUGAUCCAUUGGAGGAUUGAUAGCUACCCACAUGUAUAUACCAACAUGUCAAUUUGAACAAUUUGUUGAUUUAUGCUAAUCAUGUUAAUCUUUUUUUUUUUU